UCGCCCUCCCCGCCGUGACGUCGGCACACCUCCCGGAAGUUGGCGCGCACCGAGCUGCGGGUGAAGCCGGUUCCUGAGCGGGAACCGCCCGCGGGGGGCGCCGCGCCCAAGCGCCUGCUGUCCUUGUCCCUCGUCUGCCAGUCGCGGCCACGAUGGAGGCGCCGCCUGCGGCCCGCGUUCCCGCCGACGGCGCCUCGACGGCAGCCGUGGCCGAGGCCCGCCCCGACCCGUGCCGCCUCCGGGGGCUGCGUGCGCUCCGCGCGAACCGAGCGCAGGCUCAGGUCGGAACGCGCCGGCGUGGUGCGAGAACUGUGCGCGCAGCCGGGCCAGGUGGUGACCCCCGGAGCACUUCUGGUGAGAUUGGAAGGAUGUAGCCACCCAGUUGUCAUGAAGGGCCUUUGUGCCGAAUGUGGCCAGGACUUAACCCAGCUACAGAGCAAGAAUGGGAAGCAGCAUAUGCCACUGUCCACAGCAACUGUGUCCAUGGUCCACAGUGUGCCAGAGUUAAUGGUGAGCUCUGAGCAAGCUGAAAAACUAGCAAGGGAAGAUCAGCAACGACUACAUCGAAACAGAAAACUAGUCCUCAUGGUUGAUUUGGACCAGACCCUAAUCCACACGACAGAGCAGCACUGUCCACAGAUGUCAAACAAAGGCAUCUUUCACUUCCAGCUGGGCCGGGGCGAGCCGAUGCUGCAUACUCGCCUGCGUCCGCACUGCAAGGACUUCUUGGAGAAGAUUGCCAAACUGUAUGAGCUGCAUGUCUUCACUUUUGGCAGCCGGCUGUAUGCACACACCAUUGCAGGCUUUUUAGAUCCUGAAAAGAAGCUUUUUUCUCAUCGAAUAUUGUCAAGGGAUGAAUGUAUUGACCCAUUUUCUAAAACAGGAAACCUUAGAAAUCUCUUUCCUUGUGGAGACUCAAUGGUUUGCAUUAUUGAUGACCGAGAAGAUGUCUGGAAGUUUGCCCCCAACCUUAUAACUGUGAAGAAAUAUGUGUACUUCCCAGGCACAGGUGAUGUGAAUGCACCCCUUGGGUCCCGGGAAUCUCAGAUGAGAAAGAAAGUAAACCAUUCUUCUAAAAGUACGGAUGUCUUGGAACAAGUUCCAUCUGUGAAAGACCCUGAGGAAGGCAGACGCAUUCCUGGGGUGGAGCAGAACAAUGGCCUGGGGAAGCCUACCCGGGAGCUAAAUGGCAAUGAGGCUGGGCCAGAGGCUGCUGGUAAGGCAGAUGAGAGGGACUCCUGGCCCCCUGAUCGGGCGCCCUCCUCCAUCAGCCCUAGCAACUGUGAGCUGGCAGAUGCUCCCGAGCACCAGGUGUCCUGUGAACAGGGUGGUGAGACCUCACCGGAGGCACAGCCUUCUCAGGGAACCCCUGGCACAGAUUUGGAUUUUGACUUGUCCAGUGACAGUGAGAGCAGUGAGUCAGAAGGUCAGAAGUCCUCUACCUCUGAUGGGGAAAAUGAGGAGAAGAAAGGCCGGAAAAAGGCUCCAGCCACCCAAGAUGGAGCAAGAAUAUCACAACAGGGGGGUGCUGCUGACACGGGUGGGGGAAAACUUGAAGGAGCGGGGCCCACCGGAGAGUCUGGGGCUGGAGUCCCUGUGUACAACAAAGGGCCAGAUCUGGACAUUCAGGAGGAGAGUGAGCGGGAUGGCCUCUGUGGCCUGGGCAACGGCUGUGUGGACAAGAAAGAGGCUGAGACAGAGUCACAGAACAGCGAGCAGUCAGGCAUCACCGCAGGUGAGUCCUUGGACCAGAGCGUAGAGGAGGAGGAGGAGGACACAGAUGAUGAUGACCACCUGAUACACCUCGAGGAGAUCCUUGUACGUGUCCACACUGAUUAUUACACAAAAUAUGAUAGAUACCUCAACAAGGAGCUUGAGGAAGCCCCAGAUAUCCGGAAGAUAGUUCCUGAACUCAAGAGUAAGGUGCUGGCGGAUGUGACUGUGAUAUUCAGUGGACUGCACCCAACGAACUUCCCAGUAGAGAAGACUCGGGAGCACUACCAUGCCACAGCCCUGGGUGCCAAGGUCCUGACCCAACUGGUGCUGAGCCCCGAUGCCCCUGACAGGGCCACCCACCUGAUUGCAGCCCGGUCUGGCACAGAGAAGGUACGCCAGGCACAGGAGUGCAGGCACCUGCAUGUGGUCAGCCCUGACUGGCUGUGGAGCUGCCUAGAGCGCUGGGACAAGGUGGAGGAACAACUCUUCCCCCUCACAGACGACGACACCCGGGCACACAGGGAGAACAGCCCAGCAGCUUUUCCUGACAGGCAGAAUGUGAUUCCAGCAGUCUUAUUCCACCCAACGCCCAUCCAUCCCAAGGCCCAGCCUGGCCCCGAGGUCCGAAUCUACGAUUCUAACACCGGGAAGCUCAUCAGAAUGGGUGUGCAGGGCCCUGUGCCGGGGCCCUCCGGUUCCCUGCCUAUCCACAGGGAGCCCACCUCCUUCAGAGCUGUUCUGCCACAUCAGCAGCAGAUGUUUGGUGAAGAGCUCCCCGAUGCUCGAGAUGGAGAGCAGCCUGGCCCUGCCAGAAGAAAGCGCCAGCCCAGUAUGUCAGAGACAAUGCCGCUGUACACUCUUUGUAAGGAAGACUUAGAAAGUAUGGACAAAGAGGUUGAUGACAUCCUUGGAGAAGGCAGCGAUGACAGCGACAGCGAGAAGAAGAAGCCAGAAGAACAGGAUGAUGAUCAGGAAAGGGCACCUCGGCCCAGAAAGCCCAAGGCACCAGGGGCCCACAGGGAGCAACCUCUUGGGUCAUCCUCAUCCAGUGAGAAGAGUGCUGCAGGCAUCCGCAGUACCAGAGGCCACAAGAGAAAACUGAAUGACGAGGAUGCUGCCAGUGAGUCCAGCAAGGAGUCCAGCAAUGAGGAUGAGGAGGGCAGCAGCUCUGAGGCAGAUGAGAUGGCAGCAGCGCUGGAAGCAGAGCUGAAUGACUUCAUGUGACUUCGUGCCCAUCUCACGUGCUCUGUGCCAGCCCUCAGUCCCUUUUCUCCAUGAAGACUUGUAUUUUCCAGAGCUCCACCUGCAGAAACACAUUAUUUUGCAGAAACAGGUGUUUUUAAGAGGUUUUAUUAUAGGAAAGUCUACUUUUUUAAGGGACAGCAUUAUGGGAACCGGUGUACUAUGCCAAAGAGCUCAGCAGGGCCUUGCAUGUAGUUGAACUGGAUCUUUGUGGUUUCUUGUCACAUAGUAAAGGUUUUUUCCUUGGAAAGGGAUGGGUCCCUUUAAAUAACCACAAUAUAUUACUUAGGAUGAAGACUCUGGGAGAGCCAAUAAGACUUAGAGAAUGACAUAGCAAGAACCUGGCAUCUUGUGCUUUUUCACAGCUGAAGCUGAAGAAUUUCGAAGGAUUUUAAAUGAAACAGCAGUGUACAUGUGUACAAAGCAGCAAGACGCUACAGACAGCCUGCAAGCAGCCAGCUGACUCCAUGUCCCACAGAGAACCCACAGGUGACCUGGGCCUUCAGCACGGGCCCUUUCUGAAGCCUGGGCUGCCAGCAGCCAUGUCCUCCCACCAUGGAGGUUGUGAUAAAGGGAGCGGAGGCUUCCCUUUUCUUGGCUGGCCUUGUACUUCCUUGAGACAUCUGCUGGAAACUUUGUAUAUCUAUUUCAUAUUUGACCCAUAAAACAGAUUCUUCUUUCAUUGAAUAAAAGUCCCUUUUUUACACUCUCCUCUUGGGGUGCAGUGCGGAAAUUAGUGGGCCCCUUUCUCCAAGCUUCUCUGCUUGUCUGCUGGAUGUCCUUCUGGGAAUGGGAGGACCAUCUGUUAGCCAAUUUCUUGUCAGAAUUCAGAGUACAGAAAAUGUAGCACACUAAGGAGCUGUUGAAGAGUUGCAAGGGCCUUAGAAGUCUAAACAGAGCAGGUAGUUGUAAAAGAAAGCAUCUUUCAACCUAACACUGAAAACCAGCUGGCAUCUUCCAGGAUCUGAGAAAGGCAAGUGUAUUGGUUAGGUACCACCGGGUGGAUUGUCACUAUUGCUUUACUUAUCAGUCUAAGGUCCUGUACCAACCCUGUUCCCCAUCAGAUUUUUGAACUCUCAUUCUCUUAAGCCCCUCCAAGGCUGUUACUGUUAUAUGGGGGAAAUUUUUUUAAAGAUGGUACCGAAACAUUCAGAAUACCAAGGGUCAUUGUUACCUCUCAUUAUUAGAGUAACAAAAAGUUGACUCUGAGCCACCUGAGGAAAGAGACAGCUCUGACCCUGGCACUGCCUACAGUUGGAGAGUUGGUUCAUCCUGCCACACACACAGCAGAUCCUUGCUCCUGUGGUUGCCACUAAGGUCAGUCAGGCCCUGGCACGUAGACCCCAUGAGGAACAACCAAGAACGUGAUGGGCUCUGUCUUCAUGUCAUGCUCUGAGAACUUGGGCAGAGCGGCUUUCGUGGCACCCACCACCUUUUCAGAGCCUGAUCCCUGCUAAGCUUUGGACUGUGGAAGAAGUUCAGAGUCCACGUGCAUUCUUGGAGCCAUGGCCAACGACCUAGGCCUCUCCUGUGUAGGAGAAUCACGAGUCUGGUACUUCAGCCAACUGUAAGGCAGAGUACAGUAAAUCAUUCAUGUCACAUGGGUUAAUUACCAAAUUAAAAGUGAAAUGUUAGCUAAGGCUACAUAUUACUUGCCCCCUUCUCUGCAAGUAACAGAAUUAUAACUCCAGUGAACUUGUAUUGACUCGAUUUUCUGAGAUGUGGACAGAGUUCUAGGUAUAAGUGGAUGUAGGCAAGGCGCACUUGCUCAGAUUGGGUGCUGAAUCACCCGCUCAUCUUAAAGAUGCUCGUCAGGGAUGUCAGCCCCAAGAACUGCAGGUCCUGGACUGUUGGCUGUCUAGCGUCCCUUCUCUGUGGCCUGUGCAUCUCCUGGUUAGCUUGCCCUUGUCACAGGUAGAGGGUCCACUCCCUUUAGUCCCACCUUCUCUCAAGAACAUUGGCUCUGCCCACAGCUUGACAGGGGAAGUGAUGGAAGCCAUCUCCGUUGGCAAGAUGCAGCUCUCGGGACCACAGGGCCAGGCUGAGUCAGCUCAGGAGGUUCCUGCAGCAGACAGAGAAGCUGGAGGUGCCAAAUGUGCAAUCCAGUAACUGCAAAGUGUUGGCAGUGCAAUUUGAAGAAAGGCAGGCCGGUCACAACUUGCCAGCUGGAAUGACCAUUUCUGUUAUGGAUGAAGGACCCACAGAGCCACGGUCAGGCAGCUUUACCCCUGGCCUCUGGCAGGGCUCUGACAAAGACUCAUGAUGACCAGGGGCUGUCUCAAGUGGCCACUGCCCAGAGUGGCAGGUUUACAAAUUGUAUUCCAAAGGAAGCAAAGUUUCUUGCAGUUUAAUUUACAGAGGUACAAAAUGGGCAAGAAAGAAAGGUGUGUGGACAGUGGGGGUCAGGGACAGGGCUUUUCUCCUUUGUACAGCCCUGGAGGGCUCAUGGCUCUUCGGCCUCCUCAGUGCUGUUGCUUGCAGAGAACUCAGGCCCUUUGUGUGCAGCAUGGCUCCGGCUGCGGGCUUCUGAAGCUGGACAUUGGUUCACCACAGUGAGAUGGCGGCUGCAUCCCUGCCAGGCGCUUGGAGAACUCCUUGUCCUGUUCUUGGGUGAAUCCCCUACUUUGUAAGAGGCCCAGUUGUACUCUGGGGCUCUCCCCUAACACAGAAUAGAAACACUGAUGGAAUGCAGGGGUGGCAAAGAUGGGAGGAAGAGGGCUGAGGCCCACCAAAGGGGCCCAUGUGUGGGGCAGCAAUCAGAGGACCCCACACCUGAGAUGGACAUGGCCACCGCUGCCUACUGCCAUGCAGGGCUUGGGCACGGCCCCUCACAGUGGCCCACCUGAUCCAGUCAUCUGGUCAGUGGUGUCCUUGAUGAUGUUAGUGAUAUAUGUCUGCCCUUACAAGUCCCCACUGAACAAAAGUCUUUUGUGAGUGAAGAGGCAGCUGCAGGAGGAGGCAGGGUCUUCCCUCCUGCACAUAGCAGUGGGAAUGUCACACGUGCUGGAGAUAGGAGGGGUUGACUAGGUCCCCUGGUACACAUCUGUUCUGCAGCCUCUGCCCUCGUGUUUGAGGUAGGACCCAGCAUGGGGCACAUCCACACCAGUCGCUGAACACUGACUCCCUACCUGCCUGUUUGGGUCACUUUACCCAGCAUCUAGGGGAAUGGCUGGAUGGUGGGAGGCUAGAUGUUGGGAGAGCCAGGCCAUCUGCAGUCCUGCCUCAGACAGGACUAGCUGUAUUUUCCCAUGACCCAUGGCCAUCUGCGCAGUAGUUCCUUGACCUCAGGGACACCAACCCUCCCCUUCCUACAGCUCCUGCACACGUGAUGGACCGAGGGGCCACAGAAGUUCUGCACAUGGCACUGGAAUGGCUGUGUGGCCAAAGUGCACAGAAUGUUCUCUGUGUUAGGCAAAGAGCUCCUGAAUUUUGGAGGAAAUGUUAAAUGUUGAAUAUUUGUGCAGCUAUUCCAAAUAAAAUCUUUUUAAGCAAAAAUAA